CGGGAUUAGUAUCCUGAUUAGACUCAGAUACCCAUUCUUAAUUAUUUCAAAUGAUAAAUGCAGGUUUCUAUGGUCCGGCUUCCAGAUAUCAGUAAGAAUAUUUAUGCUAAUUGUCGUUCAUUACCAUCUGAAAUUGGUUGGAUCAAAUUUAAUCGUUAGAUUUCUACAAAACACAAGAUAACGGAACUUUCAAUAGAUGGCGCUUCUAUAUUAUAUAUAUAUAUAUGCGUGAAUAAAAGAGAAUAACAUAAUUCCCGAACUCUAGCGUCGAUAUUCCGUGUAUCUGUCAAGGUAGACAUCAAAGUAAUAGUAAUAAACUUUAUUGAUGGUGUAAUCUAUUUGUGUGUUUUCUUUGAAAUUUCACGUUAUAAGAUAGAAUUAGUGAGAUCUAAAUGGAUCCAAUCCUACAAUGACUGCAAGCAAGUAUGAUAUAGUAAGCGAUGGAGGUGGCGGAGGAAAUGGAAAUUCAACAAUAGCAGGAUCAACAAGCGGAGAAGUUUCAAUGGUCACUUCAACAACAAGCACUGCAACGUGCGCUCAAACGCCUGCAACCCUCAGUUCAGGAGCAGAUAUACCUGCAUCCACUCAAUCAAUAAUGCUCCAGCAGCCAAAUUCUCCAUCAUCAUCCUCAUCAACAUCCAAAACGAAUGGUGAUACCACCUUCGAACCAACGGUGGAUAUGAUGGUUAACGAUUUUGAUGAUGAACAAACACUCGAGGAAGAAGAAGCACUUGCUGCACAGGAAGCCGAAGAUCCCAGUGCUGAACUAUCAAGUCUACAGAAGGAGAGCGAUAUGCCUAUCGAAGAAUUGCUCGCUUUGUACAACUGUUCGGGGUCCCAUGUCCCACCCAGUGCAUUAUCUCCACCUGCUAGAGACAGUAAGAAAGGAAGCGGCAAUAAUGGUACAAAUAACGUUUACAACAAUCAGCGAACAACUAACAACAAAACAGGCAUAUCGGAAUCAAAACUGCGGAAAAAUAUAAGCUCAAAAAAGGAUGAGAGUUCAAAGGAGAAUAGAUCAGUAGCUGAAGAAAUGAUCCUGGAAGAAUUUGAUGACGAAGAGGAAGAUGAAAUCAAAGAAACAUCGCAACUGCGAGAGUUGUAUCCGGAAACCUAUGGAUCCCAUGACAAACGAUUGCUACGUACAAUCUCACGACAGCAGACCGACGACGACGAUGACGGAGAUUAUAGCCCGGACGAAGAUGAAUUCAAGAAGACGAUUAUGGUCGGAAGUGAAUUUCAAGCUGUGAUACCAGAAGGUUUUUUCAAAUAUGACGAUGCACUUCCUUAUGAAAAUGAAGACAAAUUACUUUGGGACCCUUCCCGAAUCGCUGAAGAUGAUACCGAAAAGUAUUUACAAAACGCAAUACAAGCAAAACAACAACAAAAUGGUAAUAGCAAUUACAUGUUCGCUGGUGUUGGCUCAAUUCCUGUUGGAAGUCACUUGCGUGAUGACGAGCAGGCACUAUAUCUGUUACUACAAUGCGGUCACAAUACCGAUGAAGCACUACGUCGUAAACGAAUCAAUGCAGUUCCUUCUUCUGAACAAAUGACCAGUUGGUCCGAGGAUGAGUGUCGAAAUUUUGAGAGCGGUAUUCGAAUUUAUGGGAAGGAUUUUCACACAAUCCAGCACACAAAAGUUCGGACGCGAUCGGUCGGCGAGUUGGUCCAGUUCUAUUACCUUUGGAAGAAAACAGAACGUCACGACAUAUUCGCAAAUAAAGCCCGCCUCGAAAAGAAAAAGUACAACUUACACCCCGGCCUGACAGACUAUAUGGACCGAUUUCUGGAAGAGCAAGAAGGCGGCAGUAACGGCAGUACUAUUAACCCAAACACAAACUCCGGGAUAUCUAUGACGCUACGAGAUCGAAGCCUGUCUCCAGGAGUCCAGUCAGCUAGCAACGUAAAUUCAAACAGUAUUCCCACGAGCAGCAUAUCGUCUAUGAACUCCUUAAUUCAAGCGGAUAACAAACGUAAUAUACCUCAGGGGAAGCAUAAUAGUUCCACAACAGUUGGCUCGACAGUCAGUUCUGUUGACAGUACUAUUCAAACCAGUGGCAUAAGCAACCAAAAUAUGUUAAAAGAUCCUCUCGCCCUUGACGACGAAGAAGGUGUUCCAGCCCAUGAUAGUCAUCCAGCCCAGUCGACACAAUCCCGUGGAUACAAAAACUCGUCAUCGACAAUAUCAACAGUCUUCUCGCCUGCAACAGCAUUAGCAUCUAUAGCAAUAUCCUCCAGCCCAACAUCUGUAAAUGUGACUAGUGAUUUCGCGCAAAGGACAAUGAAUCAAUGAUUUACCGCCAUCAAAACAACUAAAUAUGGAAACCUAAGAAAAUCUUAUAACAAAGUGCCUCGACUUUUGAAAUUGUCGUCUUCACGAAAAUUCAAAUAUAAAUGAAAAUCUUAGAUAAGCAUUGUAAUUGCUAGCAAUGAAAAAAGAUCUGCGCGACCUAUGAGAAAAGCACAAGGGUUGUGCUAUUGAGAAUAAAUCAGAUAAUACGCGGGAAGGAGAAUCUUGGAGAGUGGUAACAGGAGGAUGUGUACCAACAUCAUCUCAAGAUCCAAUUUGUUCUUAAUUUGCGAAGAUUGUUUAAUGGCAACAAAUAAAAAAACAAAGCCUCAGAAAAGAUGUGUAAAAUACAAAAGUGAUCGAAUUCAAAUACAUUUCAGAAUAAAACCAUGAA